AUGGAACUGUUACAAACACAUUUAAUCGAAUUAUAUCAGGAAUAUAGAAAAAAUUCGUCUGUUACUGUAAAAUUAAUUAAUAUUAAAUAUAAAAAAUGUGAUGUUACAUUUGAAAAAUAUUUAAACGAUUUAAAUAAUAACGUAUAUGAUGAUCGAGAGAAUAGACAACUGUUAGAAUGUUUUACUAUUGAAUAUCUUGAUUUAUUCUUUAAUGUUGAAUGUACUCAAAAAAUAAUUUUAAACAAGUUAUAUGAUGGAUUAUAUAGUGAUUUUCCUUCAAUAAUAAAAACUUAUUUAUUCGAAUAUUUGGAUAGUUGUAAACCAAAAUUAUUUCUCAACUGGAUACUCGAUAUUUUCAAUGAUGAUCAAGUAAUUGUUGAUGUGACAUUAUUUAAUCAAUAUGUUCAAUCAAAAAGAAAAAAAAAUUUAACAAAUGGUGAAAUUAGAUAUACAAUAGUGAAUGAAUCUCGUGAAACAGUCAUUAAUUUAUUAAAAAGUAAAAUAUUUAGAGAUAAUUCAUUCUCUAAAACAGCUUGGCUCGCAUUAUUUCGAUUAAAACAAAAUAUGUUGUUAACUGUUGAACAAAAAGAAUUAUUUACUGAAUGGUUAAAUGAUUUAACCUUAUAG